GGCAGGAGGCAGACUGGGACUCUUGGACAGACACACUGGGAUUGCUAGCUGUCUCCCUGUCAGGAGACCAGAGACUCUGCUGGAUAUGCUGGACAUCGUGGCUGGUGCACUGGAUGAGCAGUCUGGAUUGGAUUUGGGUUCAAUUGUCCCACACAUGUGGAGCUGGUUCCCAGAUUACAUAAAGAGACUUUCUGCUGCUUUGGACGAAAAUCUGAAUUCUGAAACUAACUAGAAUGAAUCAGGACAUACACUGAAAACAACCUUUUGAAGAGUGACACUAAAAUGCAAAACUCAAAGCUACAUUUGAGAUAUUAUUGGCUUAAAUACCCGUAAUCAAUAGGGUAUUGUAUUUACUUUGUGAUUUGACAGGGAUACCAAUCUUUUUCUAAAGAGAAGUACAUCUGGAUCCAGUGGAAAUAUUAUUUUCUAGGUAAGCUGAGUGUUUUUAUUUCAGCUGGGGACUACAUUAGCUCAGAGAUGACUGGGACCUUGCAUACUGGACUCAUAUUCUUCUCAUUUAUGGUGGUAUGUGAGAGUGAGCCAACACAUGCUGUGCCGGACAGAGUGGGGGACUCACACAGACAAUCCAGAUUGGUCCAUCUAACGACUCACUUGGCCUUUCAGCUGGUCAAUGACUCGCUGGCCUUUUCCAGGGCUGACAGUUUUUGCAGAGGCCAGUUCAGCUCCCUCGCCACCCUGGAGCAGUCAGAAGACCGGGAAGGGGCCUUGGAGCUGCUUCAACAGUCUGGACUUCACUCCCCUAUCUGGGUCAAGAACCCCAGCAAAGCAGCCUCCAAGCCUGUGGCUCUCUCCAAGCAGUAUGUACGGUUCUCAGCUCUAAACUUCCCAAAGGAAUCCCGUGAGUGCUUUGCUCGUGUCAACAUGUUCUUCCCCUCCCUGUCGUCUAUCAGUGUGUGUGUUCGAGUUCAGUGGGACAUUGAGUGGAAUGAGGUGUCCACCAUCUUCUCCUAUGCUGCACCUGUUUUCACCAAUGAGUUCCAGCUGCGAGGCCAAGUGGACAUGCACAAACGCAUACUCCUGGCACUCAUCAUCCACGGGAAGCACCUUCCAUAUAAGGCAUCCUUCCCCAAUGAUGGAGAAUGGCAUCACAUCUGUGUCACAUGGCACCGCAGCAGUGGCAACUGGGCUAUCUAUGUGGAUGGGGAGAGGAAGGACAUGGGUUCAGGAACGGACUCUUCCAGGGAUAUCCAUGGAGAUGGGAUACUCAUUCUGGGCCAGGACCAAGACUCCUUUGGAGGGAAUUUUACAGAGCCCUUUUUUGGAAUGAUCACUGACCUGAAUGUUUUUAAUAUGUCUCUGGAAAUGAGGCAUGUCAGUGCCCUCAAUGCGUGUUCACCCAUGACCCAUGAAGUGCUUUUCAUUUGGAACCUAGACCACCUAAGUAGACACCCAGCAGUUGGAGAGGUGCAGGCCCUUCUGUUUUGCCCAGCAGUGCACCAGCAGAUGGAGCUGCAGGGCUGCAGGACACUGCAGAGCUGGUCAGAUCAUCUCCCACUAUUUGGCUUGUCAGACUGCUCUGAUCCAUUGCCGUUCAUCUGCAGGAGCAGCAGAGAGCGUUACCUGAAGAUGAAGCAGAUGAGUGAUUCUCAGAGCUCCCAGCCUACUGCAUUUAUGAGCCAUCUGAUGAAAAUUUCCAACAAGACCCAGGCAGUGCUGGGGCAGCAACCAUCAGGACUGAGCAACUUGGCCCAAGCGGCCACCCUGCUGGAUAUCUCCGUCCAGGCCUUGGAAGACACCCAGCAGGAAGGACUGCAGCCAGAAGACAUGGUGUCCCUCAUCCAGCUACUACUUCUGGCUGCUGAUGUCCCCACACAGCCGCUCCCUGAUGCCACCAACCACAGCCAGGACAGCAUCCAAGAGCUCAGCCAGCACUUCAUCAGUCUGGCCAACAGUGUCAUCAGUGAAGACAACGCCCUCAAGUGGCAGGCCAUUAGAGAGGUGGUGAAUGGCCCCAUGGAUGUGGUCAAGAGUAUUGACAAAAUGGUGACCAGCCUGAGCCCUCACUUGAUGGCAGAGACUGAUCACAUGACCAUUCACACCCCCAAUAUCAAACUGGAGGUAAAGCAGCAGACACUACAGGAGGGAUCCAGAGGAUUGAGCUUCUGUGGGCCUGAGACAGAGAAACAUGGCAACCUAGACUGUAUUUCAGUCCCACAUCAGAAGAUACAGGAUCUUCAUAACAAUGGCUUCUAUAAGCUCACGUUGGUCAACACGUGGUAUGGCUCUCUGUGGCCUCUUUUCAGUCCUGAGGAGAACAUCACCAUGGUUCCUACCGUCACUGAUGGCAGCCAGAGGUAUCUGGGCACCAUCCUUGGUUCCUCAGUCAUAUCCACCACAGCACUGGGUGAUGACCAGCCAGUUAGCACAGCAGUUCACUUCCAGCUCCAGCACAGAGUACAGAAUCCCACUGGUACUGUGUAUGAUCCAGUGUGUGCCUUCUGGGAUUUUGAUCUCAAUCCAGAGGCUGGUGGGUAUUGGAAUACCAAAGGCUGUGAGGUAGUGUCCAAGCAAUAUGGAUAUACUGUGUGCCACUGUAACCACACCACCAAUUUUGCAUUGCUGCUGCAGGUUUAUGAAGCCCAGAGGAGCACAGAGAACGAAAACGCUCUGCAGGUGCUGACGUUUAUCGGCUGUGGAGUGUCUCUGUGUGGCCUCCUCUUCACCUUCAUCCUCUUCAUCGCAGUGGGAGUCCCUAAAUCAGACCGUACCACAGUCCAUAAAAACCUGAUUGUUUCUUUGGGCAUCGCUGAGCUACUGUUGAUGUGCAGUGAUUGGGCGUCUGCCAAUGAGGCAGCAUGUUUCACAGUGACUGCACUUCUCCACCUCUUCUUCAUGUCCUCGUUCUCCUGGAUGCUGGUGGAGGGCCUGCUGCUCUGGAGCAAAGUCGUAUCUGUCAACAUUAGUGAAGACCGCAGGAUGAAGCUCUACUACAUCAUUGGCUGGGGACUACCUGUUCUCAUAGUUGGUGUAACAUUGGCAGUAUCAGUGGAUGAGUACAAGGCAGAUGAUCACUGCUGGCUCAAUGUGAAGACUGACACAAUCUGGGCCUUUGUUGGACCUGUUGUAUUUGUCUUGGCGGUCAAUGCAGUUGUGCUGUGUCGGGUUGUCAUGGUGACCGUUUCCAGUGCUCGUCGUCGUGCUAAGAUGCUCAGUCCAAGCUCAGCAUCAAAGAUGCAGACCUUUGACCUCACCUGGGCUGUGACCCGCCCAGUUCUCAUCCUGCUGCCAGUGCUGGGCCUGACCUGGCUGUGUGGAGUGCUUGUCCAUCUGUCUGUUGUAGUCGCCUAUGUCUUCAUAGCUCUCAAUGCCUUCCAGGGCUUGUACAUCUUCUUAGUGUAUGCUGUUUACAACAGUGAGGUGAGGAAUGCCAUAAAGAGGAUCAAAGAAAAGAGAAAGGCCUUAUCUUUCACAAACUGUUCCCAGCCAACCAGUUUCCUGCCUUCCCAAAGGAGCCAGAUUACCUCCUGGUGCCACAGUCCACCAACUCCCUCCAGCCCUGAGAUCAGUGAGACCUCUGGACCCCACAGCUCCACCUCCACAUCACUAGUCAUCAAGAAUGAGAGUUUCAGAAAGGAGAGCUUUGUGAGUUUCUCUUUUAACACAGCAUCAGGAAACCAAGUGGUCCAGCUGACUGGGUUCAAACCAUCAGGUUGUAUGGUGGGUGCUUCAUGCUGAAGGAGGUGUGUGACCCUGCAGUGACGACAGAUUCAGGAGGUUGCACUGAUCUCUCGCUGCUGGUGUGAAACAGAGCUUUAAUGGCAAAAAAAAAAAAAUCUGUCAUUAAAUUUAUUCACACUGUCUGAAAUGAGCUUGGUUAAAGCCAUCAGUCAAACUGUUUCUGACAGUUAUCUAACUGUGGCCUCUGUAUGUAAGGGACUCAUUGAACUAUACCUGCUUCCUCUUUGUCUGGCUUUAGAUUAUGCUCCAUAUGGAGUACUCUGAAAACAGCCUUGAGAAUAAAACAAAAGUCAAAUAUGUAUUUGAAUUUAUGCUCAUUGAAAUUCCUCUUUUAAGUUGAUUGAUUGAAUUGACUCAGACAUGUCUUUCAUUUUAUGUUAAUAUUAUUGUUAGUAGUAUUAGUAUUAGAGGUGUUUGUGAUUAUGUUUUAAUGUGAAAUGAUGGUCUGAGUGCUGUUUUUAGUGUACUUUAUAUUUUUCACUUAUACAGAAAACAGGAGUAAACACAGAACAGUUGUAUAUUUUUUUGUGAUGGAAAUAAUUUUUAACGGCUCUUAGUAUAUGCAGAAAACAUUAUCUAUUAAUGUCUUCAAUCUAAAUAUGAACUUCUGAAACCCUGGUGCACAGAAGUGUGUGGGGAGUGAAUGGGUCAGAGCACAGCCCCCAGUAACACAGUAGAUAUAAGAAUGAUUCAAAAUGAUACAAGGAACUGACCAAAGGAGAAAGAGCAAAAGAGGUUUUAUUUUUCUUAGAUUGUCUCCAUUUACCUGCACAGUAUGCAACAUUAGGCCUGUGUGAAAAUUGCCCCAGUGUCCUUUGUUGAUUUGAAUGUGCAAGCAGACACAACAGAUGGUACCCAUAUUUCCAGAGGGUUAAGUCACUGUCAUUGGCUCUAAAUUGCCUGGCAGUAGGGAGAAGGAAGUUUGUAAUAGAUUCAUUAAAUGUUUAGCCGUCUGUGAGGAACGCCGGAUGGAUGGUGUUUUGAGUGCUGGCUGGGUGUUCAUUGUUGACUGCCGAGACAAAGGAGAAGUUCAUUCCCUUAAUCAGAAAUGGACAGCGCUGGCUAUUCACGCUAUCAGCCAUUAACCACUCCAACACCUGCUCUCUCUCACUCUGCCUCUCAUUUCCCUCCCUUCUUGUUUUCUCUUUUGUACACAAACACACUCACACUCCUGUAAUGCAAAAACAUUGAACAUCAGAUUAAGCUGGGAGUCGUAGCUAAUGCUUUUCACUUUAUUUCACUACAGGUUGUUGAACUACAAAUGGAGUGGUUCCUGAUACUCAAUUACUAUAAACAUGCGUCACACUGAGAGGAGGGAGAACUGGAAACACACAUCCACACAUGCCACCUGAACUCCACUUACUUAUUUCACACAGCAUAUCACUGUAACUGUUUUGCCUAAAAAAUAUCCUAAUUAUUCCUAGAUGCCUAGUAAUGUGAGUAGGGGAACUGACUUUAGCUUUCAGCUUUUAUGGAAACAAAUCUAGAGACAAGACAGUUAUCUGUGUCAUAGCAACUUUAAACCGUCAGUUCACCCAAAUCACAAAUCAGUUUUGAAAACAAUGGAAUACUAUUUUUCUUUCUCAUGGUGCUUCUGUCAUCAGGAAAUGGCAUUUGACAGUACACUGGCUACUCCACACACCUCACUGUGAACAACAGUAGUUAUACUUAACUUUGAGUAGAAAUAUUUCCAUAAAAACUGUAGUAAAUUGAUUCUGUGAAUAAUUCUGGGCAUUAUAUCUGGAAAAAGACAUCGCUGUUGUUCACCACCAUUGUGCUGGGAUGGAGGCACAAAAUUCUGCAGCACCUAUCUGAAAACUUCAGUUAAUGAAUCUAAGCUGAUGUAUCUGCAUGACUAGAUUCAUGUGUAUUCACUAUUAUUUGUUUUACUUUUAUUUGAAAUAUUACUGGCUGAUUUACACCCACAAACAACCAUGACAGUUGACUACAAACAUUGGAUCUCUAUGGUUUGGGAAGCAACAGUUGCCAAGAAUUUCCAUAAAUUACAUGCACUAAAAAUGAUCAUCAGCAUGUACAGUAUAUGUGAGUAAUUUAAAUACCAGGCUUCAUUCUCAUUCUUCUGUCUUUGUGUUUAGUGUAAAGAGCUCUACAGUUCAAUUCAAACCUGUGGUCAAUGGCAUGUUAUUUGAUAGUUACCAUAUACUUUCAGCAUUGACCACCAAGUUUAAUACGGUCUCACUGUAAACUGUAGAUGAUUACUUAAAGCAUUAGAUAAGACUGUCUCCUUACAGCUCAGCAGGCACAGAGCUGUAAAAACACAACCAGACAGCAGUAUGAUGCUAUGUUCGUAUGACACAGAUGUUUGAAUCAACAUCCCGGACAUAUUAUUAAGACUUGAGAAACAGGAAGCUGAGGGCUAAAACUGUUGAACACUGAACAUGAUGAGUGUCUGUGGACAUUUGAGAGGUCUGUGUGACACUGCUGGGCUUGUAGGUAAGCUGACCAGCCUGGCCUUGUUUUGUUGCUGCUGAUACAUUAAAUAAAUAAAAUUACGAUUCUUAGCUGCUGUUCUCCAAACAUCUGCUAUGGCCUUAAUUUGAUUUGAUUUGUUUCUAAAAUGCAUUAAUGUCAUAUAUUACUGAUGUGAAAGAGGUUCCUAAGGUCAG